AUGGGGCCGGAGCGAGCAGAGGGGGAUCGCUGGGAUGUGGGAGGCGGCAGGAAUUUGCCCCCGCAAAGGGAUUCGGAGAAGGUACAUCGCUCUGAGGGGGAGACGCGGCUGCUGGCUGCACCCUACACCCGCCAGACAGACCCCAGGAGCCUCCAGUUGGACCCUACACCCAUCAGCCGGACCCCAAGAGCCAUCAGCUGGAUUCUACGUCCAUCAGCUGGACCCCAAGAGCCACCAAUUGGACCCUACACCCAUCAGCUGGACCCCAAGAGCCACCAGUUGGACCCUACACCCAUCAAACAGACCCCAAGAGCCACCAGUUGGACCCUACACCCAUCAACUGGACCCCAAGAGCCACCAGUUGGACCCUACACCCAUCAGCCGGACCCCACACCCAUCAACUGGACCCCAAAAGCCACCAGCUGGACCCCACACCCCUCAGCCAGACCCCAAAAACCUCCAGCUGGACCCCACACCCAUCAACCGGACCCCACACCCACCAACUGGACCCCAAGAGCCACCAACUGGACCCCAGGAACCUCCAGCUGGACCCCACACCCAUCAGCCGGACCCCAAAAGCCACCAGCUGGACCCCACACCCCUCAGCCAGACCCCAAAAACCUCCAGCCGGACCCCACACCCACCAACUGGACCCCAAGAGCCACCAACUGGACCCCAGGAACCUCCAGCUGGACCCCACACCCAUCAACUGGACCCCAAAAGCCACCAGCUGGACCCCACACCCCUCAGCCAGACCCCAAAAACCUCCAGCUGGACCCCACACCCAUCAACCGGACCCCACACCCACCAACUGGACCCCAAGAGCCACCAACUGGACCCCAGGAACCUCCAGCUGGACCCCACACCCAUCAACCGGACCCCAAAAGCCACCAGUUGGACCCUACACCCAUCAGCCGGACCCCACACCCAUCAACUGGACCCCAAAAGCCACCAGCUGGACCCCACACCCCUCAGCCAGACCCCAAAAACCUCCAGCUGGACCCCACACCCAUCAACCGGACCCCACAUCCACCAACUGGACCCCAAGAGCCACCAACUGGACCCCAGGAACCUCAAGCUGGACCCCACACCCAUCAACCGGACCCCAAAAGCCACCAGCUGGACCCCACACCCCUCAGCCAGACCCCAAAAACCUCCAGCUGGACCCCACACCCAUUAACCGGACCCCAAGAGUCACCAGCCAGACGCUACACACAUCAGCUGGACUCCAAGAGCAGCCAACCUGACCCUUCUCCCACCAGCUGGACCCCAAGAGCUACUGGCCAGACCCCACUACUAUCACCCAGACCCCGAGAGUCAGACCCCACACCCACCAACCAGACUCCCCGGGCUGCCCACGGGGCCGCAGGAGCCCUCAGCCAGACCUGAAGCUCUGCCAGCCGGUCCCUGCUCGGCCGCUGUGCCCACUCCUGCAGGAACACGGAAACCUCCCGGCUCCGAUCCCUUUUGGCUGCCGCCGGGGUGCGAAUGUGACCCUCCCAGGGGAGAAGGGGACGCAGGGGGCACUUCUUGUGCCCUGGUUCCUUCCGAAGAAGAAAGUUUGAGCGGAGAGGCAGCCCCAGUUCCCGCGCUGCCCUUGGACUCACCUUGGCUCCCUGAAUACAAACACUAAUUUCUCUCUAAGCAGCGUCUCUUUUUACUCAUGGUUGCUCCGGGAUCCUUCACUGACCUCCCGCCGGGAGCGACUCGGUGGCUCAUUCCCACGUGCUCGAGACCGGGGGUGUGCGGCACCGACAGCCCCCGCAGCCCGGCCCCUGGGAGGCGUUUCCCCGGAGCAGGGUGGACAAAAGCCCCGGACUUGGUCUUGCGCAGGGAUCCCAUCAAGGCUCUCCCAUCUCUAAUGUCUCUUAAUUCGUUAAGGAGCUCAGCUUUGCAGUUUGUCGGCUCCUCACCACCUUCUCCUUUACGGUUUGGUUUUGUGCCGGCGAAAAGGGGGUGGUUUAAUGCGAUUAUUCUGGUAAAGACAACAUAAGAGGAUUGGUGGGGCUUGGCUUUACAGCCCUGCGGGGGCUAUCGGCAGCAUGUGGCACGGGGAUAAACUGGCUGUGGGUUAACAGAAAGCACGGAAGAAGCUUUGCAAGCCCUGCCAUUGUAGGCACCCCAAACCGUGGUGUCCCUACAAGGGGGACCCCGGGAUUCUGCAGACCCCGUGGGUGCCACGUGCUGCCUUCACCCUGUCUCUGCACGGCAGAUGUCUGCCCGCGGCGUGGCUGCUGCUCAUCCUGGCGAGAGGUGGAUGUUAUAGGCGACAAAAAACACAAAGAAGGGGGCAGAAACGUGGGGGGACUGGGGCUGCCCUGCGGCUGGGCGUUCGGGGAGGGAGUGGGGCUGCACCUCGUGAAGGGUUAUGGGGAGAGGAUGGUUCGUGCUGGGUUUCUGCAGCGUGUUUUGCAGAGGCUUUUUUUCCAGAAUCGUGCUGCAGGUGCUAGUCCCCGUCCAGAGAGCCAGGCUGUGGGGCGGGCCCCGGGUGCGCAGAGGGGUUUGUCCCUCGCCCACGGGGACGAGCACGUUGCUGCCGGGGCUCGGGGAGGUUGUCGGUGCUGCGUCAGCUCUGCAGCUUGCUCUCUCGCUCCUGCGCCGUGUCCCACUUCUCGCGGGAGAAGGAGCAGCGCCAAGAUGCUGUAAGAUCUCCUUUCACCAUUCCGUAGGGAGCAAUCGGGUCACGCGGGCUCACCAGUACGCUACUGGGAAAGCCAGUGCGGUUGAUCUGUGCUGGGCACCAGCCAGGCAAGAGGCAGUAGCACACCAUCUGCUUCUCCUCGGGAUGCUGCAGGCACUGGGAAACCCGCUGUCCUGCAGCGGGACCGGACAAGCUGAACCCGAUCCCAGCCCUGAGCUGGGUGCCGCAUCCUCUCCCCACUGCCGCAAGCUGGAAGUGCUCACCUGGGAACGGGGCCCCCCAGUUAGAGCUGGGCUGAGCGUCUUGGCUCAGAAUGGCUCAUCUGCAGCUCUGAAGGUUUCAAGCUUUCAUAACUCUGGGGGUUUUUAAUGACUUGUCGCCUCUGCCCUGGGGACGGAGGGCUGGGAGAACCAAGGAGAGCGUAACAGUUGUCUGGGGGCUCCUAUCUGGGCCAGAGAAGGUAAAAGCACUUUGCUGUUCUGGGAGCCCAGUUCAAACCUCAGACUACCCGAGUACAAAAGCUGCUGGUGACCCACAGCCCCGGGGCUGACACUAGAUUGUCCUUCAGGUCUUUUGGUCUCCCAAUGAAUCCUUUGGCAACACCCAAACCGCCAUCUCUCCCACAUCAAAUUAUCUUUCUGGGUUUUUCUUUCAACACAGAAGACAAGGUUUCUAUAGGGCCUUCAAAAAUGUGUGUACAUAUACAGGCAUAUAGAUACAUACUCUUAACUUAAAUAUUAUAUAGAUGGUCCCCAACUGAGAGAUGUACCAGGUGGGACGUGGCAGUUGCAAACUGGGUUAGGAGCCUGGUUUGCAGCCCAGCAUCAGGUGUGAACCGAGACGUGGCACAGCGGGGCAGCCUGCAGGACUAAUGGGCCCUAAAAUCUGGGCCGAAACAGCCUGGUCUUUCCCCCCCCCAGAUCUACGAGAUAGCAUGUCCAUGCAGAAUUUACACCCAGGUUUUUCUUUCCUAAACUUUUCUGCACUUGGGGAUAACUGCCACAAAGCAACAGCUUAUUUAGGGUGAGUCCAGAGGACUGCUGUAAGGGGAGGGGGCUGAGCUGGGGCGAAGGGCCAGGGAUGUCACCUCUGCUCCAAGAGAUGAUUUUUCUAAAGUGUCAAAUUCAGCCCUUCCAAAACCUGGCCCAGGGGCGCAGUCAGUGCAGCACCGCUCCUCAGGGUCCCAUCGCUGGCGCAGGAGGGAAUUGGCUGGGCAGGUAGCAGAUGUUGGUUAAGUGCAAACUCAACAAACCACAAACGAAUUUAUGCAAGCACCAAUAAAGCAGAGAGGGGAAAAGCGCUUGCUGCUUUUUUUUUUCUUUUUUCUUUUUUUUUUCCCCUUGUUUUUCUUGGCUCCUCCACGUUUCGGCCAGGCUGACACAGAGACCUCUGUGUUCGCAGAUGGCUGCGAUCCUUCUUGGGGAGGCCGAGCGGCUCCAGACAAUGCCUCCAUUGGUGCUGAGAGAGCAGGUGGGGAGGAAACGGAGCAUCACGGGCACAGCGCAACGGCACACAAAAGGAUUCAGCAGGAGGAGGAGCGGGGUAUUGUGAAGAAACCCCUCGAGUGAGGCCUGGUCCCUGGCAGGAAAAACAGCUGGUUGGUUUGACAGCUGUGCCUGGCAGCAAAGUCAGCAGCAGUGCCGGCUAAUUGAUUUAUAAAUGAGUCAUUUUGAAGAGGGGCCGUAUAGCAUUGCAUAUAAUCACCCCCAAAUGCUACAACAAAAGGAGAUUAGCUUAGAGGUUGUGAGAAUAAUUAAAAAAAACAAAACAAAACAAAAAAACAACAAACAACUAGCAUGGCUUUUGUUGCUCUUGGCUGCCUUGCAAGUGCCCUGAGAUCACAAAGUUGCAAGACUUUCAAUAAAACUGCAGGAAUUUGCUGCAAGAUAUCUCCUACUUCAGUGCCAACACGUAGCCUUCAGGGCAGCUGAGCUCUGAAACCACAGCGUACGCAGGAAUUUGUCCCAUUUCCUACAUUUGGGCAAAUGUCACACAACAGAAACCACAGAUCUGAACUCUCUGUGUUUGCAGGACGCAUGCGGGCUUUUCUCCUCUCUUGGGCAGGGUGCAGAGCCCAGUGAACCCCCAGAAACUUC